AUGAAACCACGUGGGGUGACUGAUGAGCAUAUAAGUCUUAGAGCAUUUCCAUUUUCAUUAAAAGAUAAAGCAAAAGAUUGGCCCUAUAAUCUUCUCCCCGAUUCAGUUAACACGUGGAAUGAUGUGAAAAAACUAUUUCUAGAAAAAUUCUUCCCUACAUCUAGGGCAACUAAUAUUAGGAAGGAAAUAUAUGGGAUAAGGCAAUGUACAGGUGAAACAUUGUAUGAGUAUUGGGAAAGAUUCAAGGAGUUGUGUUCUAGCUGUCCACACCAUCAAAUCUCAGACCAACACUUGAUACAAUACUUUUAUGAAGGGCUGUUACCUACAGAUAGAAGUAUGGUAGAUGCAUCUAGUGGUGGUUCUUUGGCUGACAAGACACCUACGGAUGCUAGACAAUUAAUAUCAACCAUGGCAGAAAAUUCUCAACAAUAUGGGACACGUGCGGAUGGAUCUAUUCGUAGAGUUAACGAGGUAAGUACUUCUCAACUUGAAAACAAAAUUUCAGAUUUGACUACUCUGGUGCGUCAAAUGGCUGUAGGACAAAUGCAAUCUACGGGAGCAUGUGGAAUAUGUUCAUUUGUCGGGCAUCCCACAGACAUGUGCCCAACAUUGCAAAAUCCAAAUCAAGAGUUGAAUGCAAUAGGUGGAUUUCCUGGUCAACCCAACCGAAAAUAUGAUCCCUUUUCAAACCAGUAUAAUCCUGGAUGGAGAGAUCAUCCAAACUUGAGCUAUGGGAAUCAAGGGGCGCAACCAAGGUUUCAAAAUAAGAAUUUUAGACAAUUCCAAACACCUCACCAAUCUCAACCCCAAGCUUCAAAUUCAGGUAUGUCUUUAGAUGAAAUUGUUAAAGCACUUGCUAAUAACACUCAACAGUUUCAACGAGAAACAAGAGCAAGUAUUCAACAAUUGGGCAAUCAAAUUUCUCAAUUAGCCACAUCUGUUAGCAAGUUGGAAGCCCAAGCUUCGGGGAAACUACUAUCACAAACGAAGGUAAACCCUAAAGAAAAUGUAAAUGCAAUCACAUUGAGGAGUGGUAAGCAACUUCAGCCUGAAUCUCCAUUAUCAAUGGAAGAGGAAAAAGAGGAAAAAUCAAAUGAGGAAAGUGAGUCUACGGCUAAUGAAAAAUCCAAGGUAAGUUCUGAAUCUUCUUGUGGUCAAUAUGAUUCAUCUCUACCCCAUUUUCCUUCAAGGUUAGCAAAAUCAAAAGAAGAAGAACAUGAAAAUCAGAUUUUGGAAACCUUUAGAAAGGUAGAAAUCAACAUCCCCUUACUAGAAGCCAUAAAGCAAAUUCCUAAGUAUGCAAAGUUUCUAAAGGAACUUUGUACCAAUAAGAAGAAGUUGAAGAGUAAGGAGACCAUCAUAUUGGGUAAGAAUGUUUCAGCCAUGAUAAGUAAUGAUCUACCUAAAAAGUGCAAGGAUCCAGGUAUGUUCACCCUACCUUGUAUAAUUGGUAAUAAAGAGAUUAAGCGUGCCAUGUUAGAUUUAGGUGCAUCAAUAAAUGUCAUGCCAUUUUCCAUUUAUCAAGCUUUAAAUAUAAAUUCUUUGCAAGAAACUAAAAUAGUUGUUCAAUUAGCUGAUCGUUCUUGUGUGCAUCCAGUUGGAGUCGUAGAGUAUGUUUUAGUGCAAGUUAAUGGACUAGUUUUUCCUGUUGAUUUUUAUGUUUUGAAAAUGAAUGAUGAUGCAAUAGAUCAAUCAACUCCAAUUCUGUUAGGUAGACCAUUUAUGAAAACUGCUAAAACAAAGAUAGAUGUUGAUAAGGGUAUUCUUUCUGUUGAGUUUAAUGGAGAAAUUGCUAAAUUUAAUAUUUCUGAUGCAAUGAAGUAUCCUGAUGAUUAUCAUUCUCUUUAUCAUGUGGAUGUAAUUGAUUCAAUAGUGCAAGAUGUUUUUGAAGAUAGUUUUGUUGAAAAUUUGUUUGAUUUAGAAGCUGAAUUUGAUUUAGAUGAGUUUGUUGAUUCUUCUUGUGAAGUUUUAUCAGCUGUAAUAUCUGGUUUAAAUUCUGCAAAAUGCUGA